UUAAAGAGUGCUGUUGGAAUAUUUGAUGCCAAAGACAGAGAGUUUUACGAAAUAGGUGAUCAACAGCUUGUGUCUCUAAAUCAAGAUGGCCCAAUUGCUGGACACUAUAUGCAGGUGGAUGGCGGAGCUGUUCUCACAAAUGCAAAAAGCAGCAACCAAAGAAGUAUGUUCUAACUUUGAUACUGUAGCUUUUAGUAGCUUUGAAAUACGUGAAUUAGAGGCCUAUACUAUUUACUAGGCUGCGUAGCUGGCGGAAUUGUUUUUGCGCGUGUGAGAGGUUUGGCAGCAAAGUCGCCAUUCUCGCGGCGUACGGUUUCGCAGUCUCUCCGUAAAAACGUUUCUCGCGCCAAAAUUUCCGCCUGCGACGCAGGCUAACUAUUUACCAGGGAUAAAAGAAUGAAAACAAGCAUUGUCGUCCGUUCACAGGGGCGGAUCUAGGUGGAGGGUGCAGGGGGUGCGCACAAAUCAUUGUCAAAUCAUUGUCAUUCAAAUCAUUGUCUGUGACUCAGCCAGACCCCAGUGAUUACAGUGUAGAUGAGUACGAUUGAAAGCCGUAAUGCAUUUCAGUUGCCCUUCAGUCACCAAAAAGGGAAUAAAGUUUAGUUGACACAGGAAUAAAAAUAGUGUUUUAGGGUGGUUCAUAAACUAAAAACAAUAUAUCAAUAUAUGUAACGAUGCACUUUUUUGUUUCAAACAGCUCUUUUCAAGACUCACACGAUUAUAGAAUAUGAUGCAACGGGUUCACAUCAUCAAGUUGUCAUAUUGGAAAACAAACAAGAUGGGAACGUGGUAGCAAUAAAUAAAGAUGAAGAUACUGUCAUUGCAAAGGUCAAUAUCAUUUCUUUAAUCAGCAGCUCAAAACCCCACCUGUAUCGAAGUCAACAGUUUCUGGCACCGUACAAGCGACUUAUUGACGGAAUCAAGCAAAACUAACUACGAGAGAACGACUGGACAACUGACAAUUUGACUAACAAUAAACGACUGUUUAAUUGUGACAAUAAACGGAUCGAAACGCACCAAUAACAUUACGAGUUUUCAUAGCCAAUAACAUCACGGUUUAACCGACAGACGAUCAAAAACAUCGCGACUUAAUUGACCAAUAUACCAAUCAUGUCUAUAACCAGAGUUUAAUACCAUCAACUGACGUGAUAAAACUCGCUUCGACUCUGAGAAUGACUACCGUAAAGGUGAUCGAAACGUCAGUCAGGAGUCAACAACAACAGUCCUAUUCAGGACUAUGUUCACCCAGACGAUCAUACUCAACCUGCUUAUGAAAAGACUCCUGGGUUCAAACCUUUCACUGUAUUAGUCUACUUGCCUACGACACUCGAAAAGGAGCGGGCGGUACGCGGCACCGGACAAAUUCUCGACCGAUUGAAAAUUCGUGCGUCAGGUGUUCUGUUCACACAGGAAGAAUGGAAACGUAUAAACAUUUAAGACGCCAAGCCCUUCGAACAUUUCAUCGCCAAAAUCGAGGACAAAUUUUUUGCCGCUAAGGUCGAAAAUUUGACCAGCAGUGUGAACUCCAUGACCGUUAUUUUUUUUUAACAUUUUGCAAAGGUGUGGAUGCAUGGAUGCGUGGUUACUCUGCUGGACUCGUUUUAAACUUGUCAAAAUAGCGCUCGGCGCAUGAGCAGAUAGUAACACCGCUGACAAAAGUUCAAUCUGGUUCCUCAGUUUUGCAUAAAUAGUUAUGCGCAUGCGGUAGCAGAAGAAGAAGCGAGAGCUGCUUGCUUGGGCGUUCUUAAGCAGAUUGGUUAUCCAGGGUUCGUACUCUUUUGAGCCCCUCGAAUUCCAGAAGUUUCCAUGACUUGUUCCAUGACCUUUUUAAGUUUUCCAUGACCUUAGAUUUAGCUGUCACUUUGUACAAAUUUUUAAAGCUUUUGUGUUCUAGGUUAUUUUUACAGUUCAACAGACACAAACUGUGGUGUUAACCUAAAUGCGUGCCGUUUGCGCUGUUCUAUCACUUCUCUGUAACUUACUUUGUCCUUGCUAUGUCAUCUGCAGUAACUAAUCUACCAAACAAAACUUCAAUUUUCCAUGGCUUUCAAGGACCGCGAUUAAAUUCCAUGACUUUCCAGGUUUUGCCCCUGAAGCAGAAAGAAUGCGGUUUGGCUUAAAUCAUUGAAUAAUAUCAUUAAUACUGUAACGGUUUAAGGUUUUUCUUUUUUUUUUUUUAACAGGAACUGACCUGCCCUCCAAGCAGUUAUAACACACUGGAAGAAGUCAGAGCAGAGCACCCAGAAGCGUUGUUCUACAAGGUGCCAAGAGAGCCAGGGUGCGUAAAAUUUUACUUCAAGUCCUACCUUAAAGACAAGCAGAGGAUCCUUGGAUUUGAUGAUUACGGCAAUGCUUUGGACCCAACUCAAGUUCAGCCCGGCCAGAGCGAAAGUCUGUUCCAAAUGAUGUAA